AUGACACAGCGUGAUGCCGCCUUCCACACAGCAGCAGGAGCAGCAGUAGCGUCGCCACCGCCUCCGUCGCGGUCGGAAUGUAUUGCUCUCAUCCACUCGUGCACGCAAGUGACCGCGGCCCGCCGGAUCCACGCCCAGCUCGGUCGAUCCGGGAUGCUACGCGAUGAUCAGGAUUGCCAGCUCUCCUCUCGGCUCAUCGCCAUGUAUGGCCGAUGCGGGAGCGUAGAAGAAGCUCGCAAGGUGUUCGAUGCCAUCCCCGGUGAUCGUGGCCACCACCACGCCGCCAGCAAUGCGCUCUUGGCUGCGUAUGCCGGCAAUGGGCGACUGCAAGAGAUGGAGCGCCUGUUCAACUCGAUGGAAGGGAGAAAUCUGGUGUCGUGGACUGCGAUGCUCACGGCAUUCUCCCGAAGCGGGCAUCUUGUCAAAGCGGAGAGCGUUUUUGCGAGGAUGCCUGUCCAGUUCAAGGAUGUGGUCUGUAAGAACACGAUGCUGGCUGCCUACACCCAAGCUGGACGCCUCCAGCAAGCCAGGAGGAUGUUUGAUUCCAUGAACGACCGGGACGUGGCGUCUGGAAAUGUGAUGCUCACCGCGUAUUCCCAGGCUGGGGAACUGUAUCUUGCCAAGCAGGUCUUUGCUAGUAUGCCCGAGUGGGAUCUUAUCUCAUGGAAUGCAAUGCUGGCUGCGCUGGCUCUAGCCGGAGACUACGAUGAUGCAAAGAGAUUGUUUUCACCUCAUACGAAAAUGGGGGACACAAGUAAAACGCGACAGUGUUUUGACCAGAUGCCUGCAAAAGAUCUUGUUUCCUGGAAUGCCAUGCUAGCUGCAUACGCCCAACUCGGGCUUUUGGAGGAAGCACAAGAGCUCUUUCGAACCAUGCCCGCGAGGAGCUUGAUAUCAUGGAAUGCCAUGCUCACGGCUUCAGCACACGAUGGCGACGUUGAUGGAGCGGAGAAAAUGUUUGCCACUGAGAUUCCACUGCGAGAUCUCGUCUCUUGGAAUUCGAUGCUGGCAUUGUACACGAGACAUGGUCUCAUGGACAGAGCGAAGCUCUUGUUUCACCAGGAGAUGGAGCAGCACGAUCUAGUCUCUUGGAACGCGAUGCUGUCCGGCUAUGCACAGCUGAAUGAUCCGCAGCUGGAAAGUGCCCGACAGAGCUUUGUUGCCAUGCCACAGCACGAUCUCGUGUCUCACAAUGCCAUGAUCUCGGCCUUGGCUUCCAGGGGCCAUCUUCUUGAGGCCAAGUCCGCCUUUGACUCCAUGCCUGAACGGGACGUCAUCUCCUACAACGCGUUGCUUGGUGGCUACGUUCACGCUGGCGAGCUGCGAGAUGCCGAGCUCGUCUUUUCUGCGAUGCCAAAGAGAAAUCAGGUGUCUUGGGCGAGCAUGGCUGCCGGGUACGCCCGCGUCGGUGAUGUAGAAUCUGCGAAGCGGGUGUUCGACGCGACGCCGGAGCGGAAUGUGGUGGCGUGGAACGUCUUACUAGCCGCAUACGCCCACACUGGGCAUGCCAAGGGGCUGUUUGACUCCAUGCCGCAGCGGGACAUUGUGUCAUGGAACUCGUUGCUGACAUCGUAUGUGCAAGCCGGUGACGCUGAAAACGCCAAGAAGACAUUCGACAGCAUGCCGAGAUGGAAUAGUGUGUCAUGGAAUCUUAUCCUCCACCUCCACCUCCAUCUCCAGUCUUCCUCGCGGCACACCUUUGAGCUCCCACACGAGCAUGACAAUCAGAGCAAGGACAUCGGGUGGUGGAAUACGAUGUUAGCGGCGGCUGGGGAGCAAGAUGCCCGAAAGGCCAAGGAGGUGUUUGAUGCGAUGCAGCAGCGGAAUCUCGUAUCGUGGAACGCGCUGCUGUCGGCAUACUCCAUCAAAGGGAAAGAGCACCUGGAGAGUGCCAAGCACACGUUUGACGAGAUGCCCGAGAGGGACGUGACGUCUUGGAAUUGCCUGCUGUGCUCGUAUGCCCACACCGGGUACCUGGAGGAGGCAAAGCUGAUCCACGCCAGCAUCCCGUAUAGUGACGUCGUUGCCGACACAGCUAUGCUCACUGCUUAUGCGCACAACGGGCAGCUUGAAGAUGCCAAGUGUUGCUUUGACGCUAUGCCGCAGCGGGACGUUGUGUCCUGGAAUGCUAUGCUCACCGGGUUGGCCGCCUGCGGGCGUCUCGUAGAGCUACGCAAGCUCUUCGCCACCAUGCCGGAGCGGAGCACAGUGUCGUGGAGUGCAGUACUGGCGGCUCACGCGGAUUGCGGCGACUUCCCGUCGGUGGUGGCGAUCUUCGAGGAGAUGAAAGCUAGCGAGGUUCCGGACGAGGCUUGCUUCGUGUCGGCGCUGGCAGCUCUCAGUCACACUGGCGACUUGCGAGAUUGCCGCAGCUGCCUGGUAUCGAUGCCUACAGACUACGGAGUGCGCCCGGUGAAGCAGCACUUCAGCUGCGUGCUGGACGUGCUUGGGAGAGCGGGGCAUUUGGAUGCUGCCAGAGAACUGCUUGCAAGCAUGCCCUUCGCACCCGAUGUUCUCGACUGGAAGUGCCUGCUCGCGGCGUGUAGGAACCACAAGAACACCCGGCAGGGAGCCAUUGCCGCCACAAAUGUUCUUGGCAUGGAUCCUAACGAGGGAGCGGCCUAUGUGCUUCUCUCAGACGCACACACACGAUGA